UGACGCAGAUGGAUACACAGGUCCCCCAGCUAGCCUGCGGGAAGAAACAGAUGCUAAACAUGGGUUACCAUUAAUUUUAGCUUCUACAUCUAGCUAUAAACAGUGAAACAGUGGUAGCCAAGUUAAGUUGUAAAGCAAUAAAUAACCCCUUACCUUUUAUCACGAGUUUCUGUGAUGGAGACGGAUGAAAAACUGAGUUCAACGGUCUCUCGCCGACGUGCUAAUGCUACAACUGAAAAUGCUGGCGAUGACAUUAAAGUUGACAUUGAAGAUAAACAUUCCAGCCGCUUUCAUCGGGUCAAAUCUCAUCUGUUUGAACUACUUCUUCCGAAGUACAACAAACAGUCUUCGUUCAUGUUUGGAAGCGAACUUGCUUUUAAGUUGGAAUGUGAACGUCAACGGCAAGCAGGGGCAUGGGUAAUACAUCCUCUCAGUUCAGUAAGGCACAAUUAUGUCCUGGUCAUGGUCAUAUUGACUUUUUUGAACCUUAUGUCAAUUCCAUUGGAAAUAGCCUAUUCUGAGGAGGCUGCUGGAGUGGCUCGGACAUUUUGGAAAGUGUUCAAUGUGUUUUCUGACUCUCUGUUUCUUCUGGAUGUUAUCCUGAACUUUAGAAUGGGUAUUCUCUCAGAUAGCGAUGAGACCCCUUUACGGUUCCCAGAAUGUGAGCAUGUCGGGAUAGCAAUCAUUGAUGUAAAGAUUAUUGCCAAGGAUUAUUUGAGGACUUGGUUUAUUCCAGAUGCACUAGCUUCAUUCCCUGUUGACUUCAUCAUUGCCAUUGCAGACACCUGGCACGACAAGAGCACAACAUCACUUCAAGGUGCCAAAAUUAUGCGGAUUCUUAUGUUUGCAAGAAUUCUUAGCAUGGUUCGUCUCCUUCGUGUGUCCCGGCUAGUGAGAUUCUUCGGUGAGUUAGAACAGAUGUCUAAUGCAAAUCUGGAAGGUGUCCGUAUCUUCUUCCGAGUCAUUGGUUUAUUCAUGAUGAUGUUUAUCCUGUGCCACUGGAAUGGUUGCAUUCAGUACUUUGUGCCUUUGCUGGGAAACUUCCCACCAGACUGCUGGGUUAAACGCGAAGACCUCAUGAAUGCCACGUCAACAGAAAAGUACACUUUUGGAAUCUUUAGAGCCCUCUCUCACAUGAUUGGGAUAUCCUAUGGCUCUGAGGACCCUCCAACUAACGAGCUGGAGCUGUGGAUAGUCAUGACCAGCAUGGUAUCUGGGGCACUGAUGUACACUAUUAUGGUUGCUAAUGCCGCCGCCAUGAUGUCCAAUGUGGAUGCACCCUCCAAAGUCUACAAAAACAAGCUGAAUCAUCUGGAUGACUACAUGGCGUACAGGAAACUACCAAGAGAACUACGUAAACGCAUGCAUGACUACUACCAAGCACGCUAUGGCGGCAAGUGGUUUGAUGAGAGGGAAAUUCUCGGUUUGCUCUCCAAAUCUUUAAGACAGGAGAUUCUGAACGUCCUGUGCGCCAGUAUGCUGGAGAGCACGCCCAUGUUCCAGGACCGCGACUCCAGCUUCAUCAACGCCAUCCUGCUGCAGCUACGCUACGAGGUGUUCCUGGAGGGGGAUGUCAUCGUGCGUCAGAACGCCCCGGGCGACCGCAUGUUCUUCAUCGAACACGGCCAGGUCCUCGUGGCCACUGACACCUUCAGGAUCGAGCUGUGCGACGGAAACUACUUCGGCGAGAUCUGCCUGUUGACCAGAGGAAAGCGUGUGGCCUCGGUCACUGCUUUGUCCACUUGCCACCUUUUCUCCCUCUCCGUGGACAGUUUCAACAAGGUGCUGGAGUGCUUCCCAGAGGUCCACAAGGAUAUCAUGAGCACAGCGUUGGCCAGACAGGAAGACCUUAAGAACGCUGAGCGUGAAUGCAAGGAGUUGAGAUGUGAGACUGUGGAGAGCGCUACCACUUCAGGUUUAAACGACCAGGAGGAGGAGCUGAAAGGACCUACCCUUGAAGACUUAGAGUAUGAACUGGAUGAAAUAUUGAAUGGAACCUUAUAGAUGGAAGCAUAGUUUUAGUCUAGCGAAUUUUUGGCUUAAGGUAAUGAAAUAUUUUGAUUGGCUUAUUAAAUGUUGAUCUAAUACAAUUAAAGAAUAUUGAAUGUCA